AGCUCCUGUGAGGUCGCGCGUGCGGGGGUCGGAGUCGGGGUCUCGAUGUGCGGUGGCCCGCGGGCUCCGUGACGCCGUCCGGGGACUCCAGCCGCGCAAGUUCGAGGGUGUACAGAACGAUGGAGUAUAUGAAAGAAUCCGCCGACCGCAGCCCUGGACACAUCUUGUGCUGUGAGUGUGGUGUCCCUAUUAGUCCAAAUCCUGCUAAUAUUUGUGUGGCUUGUUUGCGAAGCAAAGUAGACAUCAGCCAAGGUAUCCCGAAACAGGUCUCGAUUUCUUUCUGCAAACAAUGUCAAAGAUAUUUUCAGCCACCAGGAACUUGGAUACAGUGUGCUUUAGAAUCUAGGGAACUUCUUGCUUUGUGUUUGAAAAAAAUCAAAGCCCCUCUGAGUAAGGUACGGCUUGUGGAUGCAGGCUUUGUUUGGACUGAGCCCCAUUCUAAGAGACUUAAAGUUAAACUGACUAUUCAGAAAGAG